GCCCCGCGCAGCCGGCCCACGCCCCGCCAUGGAGGACCUGGAUGCUCUGCUUUCUGACCUGGAGACCACUACCUCACACAUGCCAAGGUCAGGGGUUCCAAAAGAGCGGCCCCCAGAGCCACUCACGCCUCCCCUUCCCUAUGACCACCAGACUCAGACAGGGCCUGGGGAAUCUUCAGGAGCAUCUGGGGACAAGGACCAUCUGUACAGUACGGUAUGCAAGCCUCGAUCCCCGAAGCCUGCGGCCUCUGCCGUCCCUCCAUUCUCCUCUUCCAGUGGUGUCUUGGGCACUGGGCUCUGUGAGCUAGACCGAUUGCUCCAGGAACUUAAUGCCACCCAAUUCAACAUCACAGAUGAAAUAAUGUCUCAGUUCCCAUCUAGCAAGGCAACUGCAGGGGAGCAGAAGGAGGACCAAUCUGAGGAUAAGAAAAGGCCCAGCAUCUCUCCCAGCCCAUCCUCUGGCCUCACAAAGCCUUCAGCCACCUCGGCCACCCUGGAGCUGGAUAGGCUGAUGGCCUCACUCUCUGACUUCCGAGUCCAGAACCAUCUUCCAGCCUCUGGGCCAACACAGCCUCCCGUGCCAAGCUCAGUGAAUGAGGGCUCCCCAUCCCCACCAGGACCAACCAGUAAGGGCAGCCUAGACACCAUGCUGGGGCUGCUACAGUCGGACCUCAGCCGCCGUGGUGUUCCCACCCAGGCCAAGGGUCUUUGUGGCUCCUGUAAUAAACCCAUUGCUGGGCAGGUGGUGACUGCCCUGGGCCAUGCCUGGCACCCGGACCACUUUGUUUGCGGUGGCUGUUCCAUGGCCCUAGCAGGCAGCAAUUUCUUUGAGAAGGAUGGAGCACCCUUUUGCCCCGAGUGCUACUUUGAGCGCUUUUCACCAAGAUGUGGCCUCUGCAAUCAACCCAUCCAACACAAAAUGGUUACCGCCUUGGGCACCCAUUGGCAUCCGGAGCAUUUCUGCUGCGUCAGUUGCAGGGAGCCGUUUGGGGAUGAAGGUUUCCACGAGCGGGAGGGCCGCCCCUACUGUCGCCGGGACUUUUUGCAGCUGUUCGCCCCGCGCUGCCACGGCUGCCAGGGUCCUAUUCUAGACAACUACAUCUCGGCGCUCAGCGCGCUCUGGCACCCAGACUGCUUCGUCUGCAGGGAAUGCUUCGCGCCCUUCUCAGGAGGCAGCUUUUUCGAGCACGAGGGUCGCCCGCUGUGUGAGAACCAUUUCCACGCGCGGCGGGGUUCGCUGUGCGCCACGUGUGGCCUCCCAGUCACCGGUCGCUGCGUGUCGGCCCUGGGCCGCCGCUACCACCCAGACCACUUCACCUGCACCUUCUGCCUGCGCCCGCUCACCAAGGGCUCCUUCCAGGAACGCGCCGGCAAACCCUACUGCCAGCCCUGCUUCCUCAAGCUCUUCGGCUGA